AUGUUCGCAAUCCCUCCUCUGAAAGCCUCCUACUCGGAGGAUAUCAUAGCGGAAACAUAUGCAGGAGUUGUCCAUGUUCAGAUGCAGGACAGUGCCGAAGAUCUUGCAAGCUUUCUUGGCGUGUUAUACGACCCCCUGGGAAGUGCCUACAAACGCUUCAAUCCAGAUACCCCAGUGCUCGUGCAGGGCACGCUGAAGCUUGCGAUCAAGUACGAGUGCGAUGCCCUGCGCGCCCGCAUCGUACAGAACCUCGAGGCUGACUGGCCUCAGACCCUCGCCCAGUGGGAUGCGCGCCGCGUCGAAAGCGUCCUGCUCAAAUCAGAGCACAGUCUCCAAUUCACCGGCAAAGUGAACGGCCUCUACCUCGACGACCGACUCCCCGAGCCCGCGUCUGCCAUCCGCAUCGCGUCAGACUACAAUGUGUCGAGCAUCCUCCCAGCCGCGUUCUACCAUCUCGCCCUUCUCAGCACCGACGCGGACUGGGACGCAUAUCGCGCGAACCCGGGGAAGCAUCUGCGGUUCGGGGCGCGCACGGCGCGGUGGCGUCUGUUGGACAAGCGCGACCUCAUGCGUUUAGUCCAUGGACAGAAACUCCUCGCCGCAUACACCCGGGACAUUGGAACGGAUAUCUUCGGUCUACGAUGUCAGCGGGGCGGAAAGGGGUGUGCGAAGGCGCGCACCGAGUGUUGGAGAUACUUCCAAGAGAAUGCUCCCAUCUCUAUGGACGAUCCGCUGGACAUCCUCUAUGACUGCACGCGAUUGGAUACCCUCUUCACCGACCUCCCAUGCACGACUUGCGUGGGAGACGUCUGUUCCAUGGCAGAGAAGAAGCGACGAGAGCUGUGGCGGAGUCUUCCUGCUUUCUUCAAUCUCAAGUGA